AUACUGAGUGUUUGUAACAGUGUGUGUGACACUCAUGUAUUCACUCGAGGCACACGCAAAGGAUGACUUCCUGUGGUGACCUUGUGUGUGGCAGGUACUAGGGUGCCAAUAUGGCACCUUGACGCCCUCAGGGUGCCCGCGGGGCACGCUGCCCCCCUUGGCCUGCCCUAAGAAGGAGGGAGGUGCCCCACUCAUGGCCGCUGAGCGCCCCGCCUACCCCUGGCUCUCCCCUCCUAGCAGCAGAGCUGCCCUCAGACCUGAGGAACGCUCCCCGACCCUCUCCCUAGGAUCGUCCCAUACCCUGGGAUCCACCCUCUCCCUCCCGCUGUGCGCUGAGAGGUCGUCCUCGUCGUCGAGGGCAUCGUCGAGGGCCUCAUCUACUUCCUCGUCGUCAUGGUCAUCACAGUGGUCAUGGGGCACUCUGCUCUCCAAUGCCUCGGUAUCUGAGGCACUGGUGCCACCUGAGGCCUGCCUCCUGCCCUGCACCUACAUCCAUACCAAAGGUCUGGUGCAAGGCAGAGAUGGAGGAAGGAGCGGCGCUGGAUACAUGAACCUACCUUCACCUAAUGUAGCUGCUGAGGUGAGUUUUAAGCUACAUAUCUACACCUAACGUGGCUGUCAGAGUUUAAUACUUACCCCAAACUUAAGUUUUCAGAAGAAGACUUUGUUAAAGUUUACGUUAUUUCUGCUCUACAUUCUCGCUUAAGGUAUGAUA